AUGGACAAAUCUCUUAAGACGGAUUUGAAAGGGGUGAAGCAGAAGAUUGUAAGUGGGAUACAGGUUGUGAUUAGGGAUUUGGGAGUUAAUGAUUUGGGCGAAAAAGUGAAAGAUGAUUUGCAGAGUUUGAGGAGUAAUAUUUUGGGGCUCACGAGUAAAGUUACCGGUGACCGUACUGCAAGUGAUCUUGUUAAAGGUCAGUUAGAGGAGCUGGACAAGGCCAAAUUUGAGUUUAAGCAGAAGACGGACCCAAUUAAAACGCACACGGAUGGGCUUACUGACAACUUUAAUAGAGUUAUCAAGACUCCGCUUAGCAAGGCGGUCCAACAAGUUGACUCGGCGAUUGGGGAGCUUGGAGAUAAUUUUGAUAAAAGUACUAAUAUUAGCGGUAUUAUUGAAAAUAUUAAACAGAAGGUUGCGGCGAUUAAGGGGAGUGAUAAAGGCAAACAAGGCCUGGAUGGUAUUGUUGCGAAAGUGAAGGAGCUUGCCAACGCGUUUGUUCAGAAUAGGUCGAGAGAUUCUGGCUUUUACGCUAGAGUAGGCGGUUGGCUGGAAGGUGUAAUAGGGAAUGGGAAGCCGCUAGGGGAAAAUGGGUAUAAGAAGGGGUUGGAAGCUGUGAACUCUUGGCUUGGGACGAAUGGUGAUGCGGCAUUGAGAGAUCAAGUUAAGAAUCAUACUAUGGCUGCGCUUAACAGCCAAAUUGGUGCAGCGCAAGGGAAGAUUGGUGCAGUGAAAGAGGGCAUUAACAAAAAUCUCAGUGCCAUCGUAAGCGCUUGUGAGGAAUUUGUCAAGGAGCUCGAUAAGGAAAUUACUAAAUCGGGAAUUGAUAAGCUUGCCAAUCCCAUAGCCCUGAAGAUUCGCAGUUGGAUGAAUGGGCAGAGUCUUUGGAAUGGUGUAACCGAUGCCGAUCUCAAAUGUGCCGUCCGCUACAGCCUAGUUGCGCUCUGCGCUUCUGUGAGGCAGGUUGGCAAUGAGAUAAAUUCACUAGGUACCGACAAGUUUGGCGAAAUCUUGGACACUAUAAAGCCGGUUGUUGAUAGGCUAUAUAGUAAUCUUGAACAGGCGACUAGCCAAUCCAAUCCUCCCGGCGCCUCCGACCAAGAAAGCCCCGCCGCAACCGUGGACACUAGGUUGGAGGAGGUGAGGGAGUUCGUGAAUGGGGAAAAUAGUGAUAAAGAUCUCGCCAAAAUAUUUAAUGAGAAAGUCACGGAUGAACUUACCAAAGCAGUUACUGCACUUCCCUCCGCCGUCACGCAGUUCAACGAUGCCGCCGAAACUCAGAUCAGGGAAGCGGCCAAGGCGGCGAUUAAGGAGGCGGCUGAGCAGAUUAGUGAGGAUAAAAAUGUAACGCCUGAUGAAUUAAAGAAAACAAUGCAGUAUUUUAGCGGUCAGUUCACUAAGAUAAUUGAUCAUACACAUGGGCUCCAAAGUAGUCUUGAGAAGAAAGUGAAUGAGCACAUUGGGGAGGAUGAUCCGCCAGGUCAGCAAGGUGGUAAAGCAGCUGAGAAGGUAAAAAUUACUAAAGCAAAAUUUCCGAAUUACGAUGGUCACGUUAAACAAGAAAAGAUCAAAGCUCUUCAGCCAGGUGGUACCCUGACCGGCGUUGCAGGCGAAGGCCAUCUUCCAGCGGCGAUCGGGAACAUCAAGACUGAGGUGGACAAAGCUUUGGAAAUGAUAGAGCCACGACCUCGUGAUGGAGUUGACAAAAUUGAUACAAGCACAUUCACUGAGCCGUUCAAUAAAAUUCGAACACAACUUGUAGCUAUUACCGAGAUUCUUACCAACGAUGGCAGGGGUUUUCUGGGUGACCGCACUAUCACGGACAAAAAAGGCAUCAAAAUCCUUUUGACUGAGCUUGAAAGAGCUCUUGAAAAGGACAGGUUAGAUAAAGCUCCAAAAGGUUUAGAUGAAAUCAAAAAGGCUAUUGAAGGUAUGCAAAAAGGGGCGUUCACUACCCAACCAAAAGCAAUCGACAAAGCCGUCCAAGAAAUUAAGUUGCAGCUUGAAAAGCUUAGACGGAAGUUGAAGAAUGAAAGUGGAGCAAAAGAUAAGGAUGUCAUUGAAAGGUUAACAGAUUUGAGAAACGUUGGCCUUGGUCAAAAUUCGUGGAAUGGGAAAAUGUCCAACGGUAAAACUCUCAGUGGUCUCGGGAGAAUUGAGAGUGAGCUUAACACUGAAAUUAACAAGUUGCCUCAACAAACCGGCAUUAUUACCGCGGCCAUCGACGCAAUUGAGUGGGAACUCAGAAUUAUCGGAGUUAAGUUGGAUCAUAAACACACCCAUGAUGACAUCAUCGACCGGUUGGAGUGGUUAGGUAGGAAACUGGGGAAGAAUGCAAAAAAGGAUCGCGUCAAUCUUCAAACCAUUUAUGAAGUGAUUAGUUGGGUGCAAGAUUGGCCAUUUACUCAGCAUCCCAACACUAUCCAAACAGCCAACAACCUUAUUAAACAAGAACUCACUGCCCUUCAAGGUGAGUUGCAAGGCACCAAGCCAGGCGAAGAUGUCAUUGCAACACUGAACGAUUUGAAGGGCGAUGGACUAAGUAAAAAUAGUUGGCACCCCAACGGUAAAAAUGGAAAAGGCCUUAAAAGCAUCGAAAGUGAACUGCAGCAUCAACAAAGUGAGCUGUCCUCCCAACCCGGUGAAAUCGGCGGUGGCGUCGACCAAAUCACCACGGAGCUUCAAAGGCUUCAGAAGCAGUUGAACGAUGAGGUCACCGAAAAGCUGAGAAAGCUGAAAGACCAUGGCCUUACUGAAGGUAAAGAAGCGUGGACACAUGAAGGUAAGUCUCUCACAGGUAUCCAAAAAAUCACCACAGACAUCGAGGCCAUAAAAACCACGGACGUUAAGGACGUCAGGCAUUAUGUCGUCGCCCUGUGCAGUGCUGUCAGGCAUAACGCAAGAGAUCUCAAAGGCAUUUUAAAGGAAGUGAAAGAAAUAUUGCUUGACAAAGAGAUGAAGAAAAUUUACAGUGAUAUCUACAAUCUGCUAUUCGGCCCGCUGGACAAUGUCAUUCGAUCACUCAAGAAGUUUGAUAAAUACGCCGCCUUGGCCGCUUCCCUGAUCUGA